AUGAUAAACAUCACACAGGUUUCAUAUUUCACUUUUGCUGGCUAUUUUGACACAGGACGUGUAACUUACUUAUGCUUCAUUGUUAUUAUAGCUUUAUAUAUUUUCAUUAUUGUUGCCAAUGUCUUGCUGAUUGUGGUUAUCUGUAUGAACAGAAGCUUACAUGAACCUAUGUACAUGUUUCUGUGCAGCCUGUUUGUAAAUGAGCUGUAUGGUAGUACAGGGCUGUUUCCAUUCCUCCUGAUUCAGAUCCUCUCUGAUGUUCACACUGUUUCUGCUCCUCUGUGCUUCCUGCAGAUUUUCUGUGGUCACAGUUAUGCAAGUAUAGAGUUUAGCAAUUUGGCUUUCAUGUCUUAUGACAGAUAUCUUGCCAUUUGCUGUCCUCUUCAAUAUCAUACACGAAUGACUAUUAGGAAAAUUGCCACAUUUAUUGCUCUAACAUGGUUGUACCCUUUUCUUGCAGUUAGUGUUUUGCUUUCUCUGAGCGCUCCUCUGCAGCUGUGUGGGAACAUCAUUUAUAAAGUGUACUGUCACAACUACUCCAUUGUUAAACUGGCCUGUUUUGACACCACAGUCAACAACAUCUAUGGAAUAGUUUUAACUUCCACAUUAAUUCUUCUUGUAAUUUUAAUUCUUUUUUCUUAUUUGAGGAUCCUUAAAGUGUGUUUUUCUGGAUCUAAACUGACCCGACAGAAAGCCAUCAGUACCUGCACACCUCACCUCGCUUCUCUCAUCAACUUUUCAUGUGGUGCUGUAUUUGAAACUAUACAAAACAGAUUUGAUAUGGGACACAUCCCAAAUAUGUUGCGAAUUUUUUUAUCAUUAUAUUGGCUCACGUGCCAACCACUCUUAAAUCCUGUCCUAUACGGGCUGAAUCUGACCAAAAUAAGAGUCUCAUGUAAAAACGUCAUUGGUAAAAUGCAUCUUUCUACAGUUUGCCUCAAACAAACUUUUAACAUGUAA